AUGGCUCACGACACCAACACGAUGCUCGCGGGCGUCUACUGCACCGACAACAUCCACCUCGUCGUCGGGACGAACCCGCUCGCGGCAGCGCGCUGCACGGCGUCCCUCGCGGCCGGCGCAUGUCCCGUGCUCGUGGCCCCGGCCGGCGCAGACCUACACUACAACCUGCAGACCAAGAUCGAGCAGGGCCUGGUACGCUGGCACCAGAAGGCGUUUGAGGACGAGGACCUGUUCACGCUGGGCAGGGACGAGGUCGGGCGCACCGUCGACGCCGUCUUCGUCACGUCGGCGCCGAGAGAGGCGCUGGCGGCGCGCAUAUCGUCCGUGUGCCGGCGCAACCGCAUCCCCGUCAACGUCGUCGACGCUCCGCUCCUGAGCACCUUCAGCCUGCUCUCGACACACACCGACGGCCCGCUGCAGAUCGGCGUCACCACCAACGGCCGCGGGUGCAAGCUCGCGUCGCGCGUGAGGCGCGAGAUUGCCUCGUGCCUGCCGCCCGGCCUGGGCGCCGCCUGCAACCGCCUGGGCGAGCUGCGCCGACGCAUCCAGCACGACGACGCCCUCGCGCCGGGGGACCUCGACGACGCCCUCGACCAGAGCAGCCAGUUCAACCGCCUCGUGGGCGACGACGAGGCGCGCACCCGCCGCAUGCGCUGGCUGGGCCAGAUGUGCGAGUACUGGCCGCUGAAGCGCCUGGCCGCCGUGACGGACCACGACGUCGAGAAGCUCCUGCUCGCGUACCCGGGGCACAACUCGUCCUCGUCGUCAUGGCCGGUGCAGCUCGACGCGGCGGCCGCCUCGCCGAGGGGCAGGAUCGUGCUCGCCGGCUCCGGGCCGGGACACCCCUCGCUGCUCACGACCGCCACCCUCCGCGCCGUCCAGACGGCCGACGUCGUCCUCGCCGACAAGCUCGUGCCCUCGGGCGUGCUGGACCUCAUCCCGCGCCGCACCCCCGUCCAGAUCGCCCGCAAGUUCCCCGGCAACGCGGACCAGGCGCAGGCGGAGCUGCUCGAGACGGCCCUCGCCGCCGUGCGCUCGGGCAAGACGGUGCUGCGCCUCAAGCAGGGCGACCCCUUUGUGUACGGCCGCGGCGGCGAGGAGGUGGCCUUCUUCCGCGCGCGCGGGCUGGGGGAAAUAAUAACUCCAAUGGCAAAUCCGCAACACAACCCAAUAAAGGAUAGAUCCCGCCGCGCGCUGUGGCCCCCCGAUACGCCGUGCGCCGUCGUCGAGCGCGCCAGCUGUCCCGAUCAGCGCGUCAUCCGCACCACCCUGCGGCACGUCGUGGAGGCGGUCGAGGCCGAGGGCAGCCGGCCGCCGGGCCUGCUGGUCGUGGGCGCCGCGUGCGAGGCGCUGUUUGAGAGGGAAAAGGGCCGCGCGUGGGUCGUGGAGGAGGGAUUCGGGGGCUUCGAUUCGGGGCCCGACGACAACUGGAUGGCUGCUUUGCAGGGCGCCAUGGGUGGUGAUGCUUGA